CACCUUCUUUCAUUAUUUCACUUCAUUUCAUUUCAUCAUUAUCAUCAUCAUCAUCAUCUUUAAUCUUAUUUAGCUACAUCACAUUUUUAUAUCUUAUAUCUAGUUAAUAGGGAUCACCUUUCAAUGUUGUUAAUGACUUCAAAUCAGUUUCCUUCAAAUUUAGAUUUUCUCAAUUUACCUCUAUCUUUAAAUUAUAAUAAUAAUAAUAAUAACAACAACAACAACAACAAUGUCAUCCAAAAUAACUAUAACCAAAAUAAUUAUAAUCAAAAUAACUAUAACCAAAAUAAUUAUAAUCAAAAUAACUAUAACCAAGAUAACAUCACAAUUAACACAAACAUCAAUAACUCAAUCGAUAAUAUAAGCACCCUCUCUUCUCCUUACUCUCCUUACCUAAUACCCCACCAAUACGACAAAUUUUCAAUUAAUCACUUGCCAAAUAACCUCUCCACAAACCGAAAUUCCAUCCAUCCCAUCCCAUCUCCAAACUACUACUACAACCUAUCUUUCAAACAAUGCUCCACCAAUGCAAGACCUUCCGGCAACUCCUCAAAGAGAAAACUAAAACCAGGCACAAUUGUCCUUUUAGACACAAAUGAUAUCUUCGACGCCUCCACAGAAUACUACGUAAUCGCUGAAAUAGAAGAACAUACAAAUCAAUCCACUUCAGCUAACGACAACAUUUCAAUUCUUGGUUCCCCUUACUCUCCUUCUCCCUCCUCUACCACAAAUACUUCUUCUUUCAUCUCCAAUAACAUCCAAAAUGAAUUAAUUGGCAAUAAAAGUGUAUCUGGAAUUUUCAAUAAACUAAACAAAAAUUUCGAAUUUAAUUUCGAUCAUUUGGGUAUCAAACAUUGUGGCGAAUACGUUCUACUCUUUUAUCUUUAUAAAAGAUACAACAGAAACUUCAAUCUAAUUAAUUCAAUCAAAUCAAAAAAAAUCAUCAUCUCCGAUUCAAGAAAUAAUAGGUUUAAUUCAAUUGAUUCAAACAACUCAACCGACUCAAAAAACAACUCUCCAGAUUUAAAUUCAAGUAACUCCACUUUGAUUAUUAACAAUUCCUACAAAAUAAAAAAAAAAAUCUUAAAAUCUAAUCUUAAAUCAAAUCCUAUUAAUUGUAACUCCAAUUCUAAUGAUAUCAAUACCUCUAAUCUCAAAAAAUUGCAAAAAUUACAAACAUUAAAAAAUUUGCAAAAUUUGGAGAAUCUACAAAAAUUGCAACCAAACUCAAAUACUUGUCCAAAUGAUUCAAACGAUUCAAAUAAUUUUGAUAUUGGUAUUGAUAUCAAUAUAAAUAAAUCAUCUCAAUCAAAUCCCCAAUUUUAUUUGCCUAACACUACUCAACCUCAAUCUCCGUUGACUUUAAAUUACGACUAUCCCGAUAUGCUAUCAAUAAUCGAUAACAUUGAUUUAUCUCAUUAUCAAAAUCUAAACAAAAUGGAUUUUGAUGAUUGGUUUCACUAAUUGUUUAAAUUUAAUUUCUCUUUUUUUUUUUUUUUGUUAAUGUUUGUUUUCCUUUGUUUUUUCUUUUGUUAUUUUAUUACUUCUUUCAUAUUCGGUUUUUUUUUCAUUGUUCUAUAUUUUCUAUUGAUAUUAUUCUCUUCAUUUGUUAUCCCAUUACCUAAUCACUAAUUUAUAUUUAUUAAUAAGGACUUAAAUUAAAAUUCAAAAACCAGCACUAGCUUUUGUAUUUUGUAUAAUAAACAUAUACUACUUAAUAUUAAAAGGUAGUAAAGUUCAAACUGCAAAAUUUCAGCAAUUUAAAGUAGAAUUUAAACGGUUUAUCAGAAACUGAUUGAAUAUAACAUGAAUAUAUUUUAUUCGUUAUCUAUGUUUGAUC